ACAUUCCAUUAAGAGAAGAGGGAAAGAUGGCGUCCUCGAACAAUCCUCGCAAAUUUAGCGAAAAAAUCGCUCUGCAUAACCAGAAACAGGCGGAAGAGACUGCGGCAUUUGAAGAAGUCAUGAAAGACCUGAACAUUACCAGAGCUGCGCGGUUGCAGUUAAAGAAGACCCAGUAUUUGCAACUAGGGCAGAAUCGUGGACAGUACUAUGGAGGCUCACUGCCCAAUGUCAAUCAGAUUGGAAAUGGCAACAUUGACCUGCCUUUUCAGAAUUCAGUGCUGGACACCAGUCGCACAACCAGGCACCAUGGUUUGGUGGAUCGCGUUUACCGUGAUCGGAAUCGCAUCACGUCUCCCCACCGUCGACCACUGUCGGUUGACAAACAUGGACGCCAGAUCGACAGCUGCCCCUACAGCUCAGUUUACCUCUCCCCACCGCCGGACACAAGCUGGAGAAGGACAAAUUCAGAUUCCGCCUUACACCAGAGCGCCAUGAAUCCUAAACCCCAAGAGGUGUUUGCUGGUGGAUCACAGGAGCUUCAGCCUAAACGAGUGCCUGGGACGGAGAGCUCGGAGACGAACGCUGACAAGGAAGCCCAGAAGCAGCUAUGGAACGACGAGAAGGGGGACUCGCCAAACCCCAACACAUGUGAUGUCCCGGGAAUCAAUAUAUUCCCAUCACCAGACCAGGAAUUGAACCCGUCGGUGCUGCCCGCUGCACACAACACAGGCGGCUCAUUGCCUGAUCUCACCAAUAUACAGUUCCCUCCCCCGCUGUCCACUCCACUAGACCCCGAAGACACGGUUUCCUUCCCGCCUCUCAGCUCGUCCAACAGCACAGGCAGCCUGACCACCAACCUCACUCACCUGGGCAUCAGUGCGGCCAGCCAUGGGAUCCCGACUUCCUCUCAACCCAACAUGACUGUAACAGAACAGCGCCGGCAGCCUCCUGUUGUGCCGCUUACUCUCACCACUGACCUCCAUCUUCAGAAAUCCACUCAGCAGCUCUCGCCCACCCUCUCCUCACCCGUUAACAUGACGCAGGUGUUGCCAACGCAACAACUGACCCUGGAGCAGCAGCUUGCCCAGUUCCCACUUUUUAACCAGCUCACAGCUCAGGUCCAGGCACAGCUGCUCAGCGACCUGCAGAAGCAGACGCCGCAGGGCAUUCAGCUCAUCACCCUGCCGACUCCUCCCUCCACCGGUACAGUCCCCGCCACUGCCAGCAGCCCCUCCCCAGACAGCCAGACCUCGGCCAGCAUCAGCUCGUACCGCAAUCAGACUGGCUCACCAGCCACUCAGUCUCCAACCUCCCCAGUCUCCAAUCAAGGCUUCUCCCCCGGCAGCUCUCCUCAACACAUUCCCGUGGUGGGCAGCAUAUUUGGUGACUCUUUCUACGAUCAGCAGGUGGCCUCCAGGCAGACCAAUGCUCUCUCUCACCAGUUGGAGCAGUUCAACAUGAUCGAGAACCCCAUCAGUUCCACCAACCUGUACACACAGUGCUCUACCCUCAACUAUACUCAAGCCGCCAUGAUGGGUCUGAGCGGGAGCAGCCUACAAGACUCCCAGCAGCUGGGCUACAGUAGCCAUGGCAACAUUCCCAACAUUAUCCUAACAGUCACAGGCGAGUCUCCGCCGAGCCUCUCCAAAGAGCUCACCAAUUCGCUGGCGGGCGUUGGCGACGUCAGCUUUGACGCAGACUCUCAGUUCCCCCUGGAUGAGCUCAAAAUCGACCCACUCACCCUGGACGGGCUGCACAUGCUCAACGACCCCGACAUGGUGCUAGCCGACCCCGCCACCGAAGACACGUUCAGGAUGGAUAGGCUGUGACGCCACACGCCGACUGAGCGCGGCGGCGAGCAACAACAAGACAAACACUGUAACUUGUGAAAGGAGAAUGAGAGAGCGAGAGAGCGAGACCAAGGGCAGGCUCGAACCCUCUCCCUCGUUGCAUGGCCAUCCAGCAGUCCGACCUCAGUCCUCGACUCCGUGUGAAAGCCCUUUUGACACAAUGAAGACAGCAGGGAUAAGGACCGUCCUGUGGCAUUCCGGGGAAUGGCCUUGCUGUCCUUUUAAAGAGAUUGGCCGCUCAGCGCUUUUUGCUAGCACGGCUGUGUUUACAGUGUACCAUUUAAAUACCACCAUAUAUAUAUAUUCCAAAAAUGCACAUUUCUUUUCAUAUCCACUUUAAUAUGUUUUUCUUUAUAUUUGCUUGUAGCAGGAAGCUGCAGAGACAUUGAACUGUAGGUAUCAAACCGGCCAUGUUAAAGGGAAAAAAAAAAAAAAACGUUGCAGGUUUUCCUGCCUGCAUUAAAACAAAUCGGGUAGUCUUGCAAAACAACAGCUGUCACACUCAAAGCUUUAUUUUUGACAACCAAAAUUUUUUUUUUCAUCAUGCACUGUAUGUUUUGAUGUUGUGUGUAUGUGUGUGUUGAUGUGUUCUGUUUUAUUUAUGAGGUCAAAUAUUUAUAUUCAAUUUCAUACGUUUGAUGCCAAAAUGCUUUCAGAAGGCAUGGUGUAAAAAAAAAAUUGCACUGAUGUUUUAUUUAUGAAUUAACCAAUGUAUUUAUUUUUUCACUUGUAUCUGUUGUAUCUCGUUUUAACGAAGGAGUGCAAAACCUCCCCAUAUAGUUGCUCUUCAGUGUUCGAUGUGCCAUAUUCAUUGCUGCAACCCGGAAGUGACAUUUGAAAUCCUACCUAGCGCUGAAAAAAAAAAUAUUCAGGCUCCAAAUGCAGGGUUGUUGGAUUUUUUUUUAAAUUUUUUUUAAUUUUUUUUUAAAUUUUUUUAAUUUUUUUUUAAAUUUUUUUGAUGAUCAGGUAUUACUACUGAACUGGAAAGCAUAAUUUAAUUUUACGCGAACAUCCUUCUAUGAGGAAGGAAGCAGUCAUUUUUAUUUAUUUUUAAAAAAUUUUUUUAACCGGGAAACGCUCAAAUCUUUAAAUCUUUUUGACGUCGUCACUGUGAAAUCACCUGAUUUUGCCUUACGUGAGUAUUCUACUGUUAAGUGUCUUUUUUCGUAACUUCCUGUGUAACAUUUUCUUGUAUUUUUAGACAGGCAUCUUUUUUUUUGUUGAUUCUGUUGUCUGACAAAUCAAUGUACUGUAUUUUUUGUAGCGGUACAUUUUCUAACCAAAUUAUUGAUGUUUUAUAAAGUGGGUGGAGGAUUUAAAAAAAAAAAAAAAUCUUAAUUAUGGUGUUAAAUGCGGAGGAGCGCAAAUAUGGGGAGGCUUUUUGCUCCUUGUGGAAGGGAAGCUCUAACAAAAAGCUGUUUUAACAUUUCCGCAGGAGGCAAACCAAAUCACGCCUCCCUUAAUAUGGGUGUUUUCAUACUAAUGUGCAAUUCCUACAACAUAUUUAUAUUACCUAUAUUCUUCACAUAGGGAAGGAACGUGGUCAGAAAAUAGAUAUAUUUAGCAUAUUUAGAUGAUGAAAUGUCAUUUUUCACAAGUUGCAACCAACCUGAACGGGCACUAAAAUCAAUCAGGGAUGUAGCAGAGUCUAAAAUUGUUUACAGAUGUUCCAAACAAAUGUUUACAAAAAGCUUCUCCGGUAACAUCGGUUCACACUUGAUCCAGAUUCAGCAGAAAACAACCCCCUUUGGUGGCCUUUUUGUCAGAGUUUCCCUCAGAGAUGCUUUAUUGCUGUGUGUGAUGUCGAAAGCUAUAUCGUAACGUGCGUGUGUGUAUACAGAUGAUGAUCAUUUGUGCUUAAUUGUUGUUGGGAUCGAGUCCCGGCUCCGUUGAGUUGGGGACUCGAUAUUUUGGUCGCUGACGACUUUUUAACUGUCGAGUUUCAGAAGCGUCGAUCUGCUGUAACGUCUACAUCCAAACUUCUUCUUUGCUUGACGUGUGGUUCCUAUGCAAGCGAAUUUAAAACGUAAGGCUUAAAGGAAAAAUCCACCCAGGGGUUCCCACAUGUGGUCUGGUACACGUUGGUUUGUAAAUACAAACCCUAAAAACAAAUCACUUAUCUUAUAUCCCAGACUACCUUUAGCCGUGUCCCGAUACAACCUUUUCCCUUCCGAUACGACACUGAUAUCAGCACAAAUCGUUCAUGCAGCGAAAUCCUUUUUCACGUCCAUCGGCGUUAGCAUGUUUAUGACGAUUUUCGCAAAAAUAUUGCCUCUGUUAAUUGACAUUUUCUGGUUAGCAUACAAUACGGCAAGUGUCUUAUCCAUGUUAUUGAUACACUCUGUGAUUCCAACUGUUUUUUUGUUUUUUUUUUCACAAAAAUGUCCUUGCUAGCAUUUUUUAGCUUGCUAACAAAAUGGCGGUUGGCUGUCAAAACACUUUUUUUUAAUAGUUUCAGUUCAAAAUGAAAGCGAUAAGUGCUAAAAGAAUAUUUGAGGUUACUUUUUUUAAUCACAAAAAUGUCCUUGCUAGCAUUUUUAGCUUGCUAACAAAAUGGCGGUUGACUGUCAAAACACUUUUUUUUAAUAGUUUUACAUGCACAAAACAAUUCUAAAUGAAAGCGAUAAGUGCUAAAAGAAGAUUUAAGGUUACUUUUACUAGGAAUGAUUCAUUUUUUAUUGACUGUUAAUUGACAUUUUUUGGUUAGCAUACAAUAUGGCAAUUGUCUUGUCCAUGUUAUUGAUACACUCUGUGAUUCCAACUGUUUUGUUUGUUUUUUUUUUUUAAUCACAAAAAUGACCUUGCUAGCAUUUUUAGCUUGCUAACAAAAUGGCGGUUGACUGUCAAAAUAUAUUUUUUUAUAGUUUUACAUGCAUAAAACAAUUCUAAAUGAAAGCGAGAAGUGCUAAAAGAACAUUUGAAGUUACUUUUUUUAAUCACAAAAUGUCCUUGCUAGCAUUUUUAGCUUGCUAACAAAAUGGCAGUUGACUGUCAAAACAUUUUUUUUAUAGUUUCACAUGCAUAAAACAAUUCUAAAUGAAAGCGAGAAGUGCGAAAAGAACAUUUGAGGUUACUUUUUUUUAAUCACAAAAUGUCCUUGCUAGCAUUUUUAGCUUGCUAACAAAAUGGCGGUUGACUGUCAAAACAUUUUUUUUUAUAGUUUUACAUGCAUAAAACAAUUCUAAAUGAAAGCGAGAAGUGCUAAAAAAAACCAUUAGCGGUUACUUUUUUUUUAUCACAAAAAUGUCCUUGCUAGCAUUUUUAGCUUGCUAACAAAAUGGCGGUUGACUGUCAAAACAUUUUUUUUAUCGUUUUACAUGCAUAAAACAAUUCAAAAUGAAAGUGAUAAGUGCUAAAAGAACAUUUGAGGUUACUUUUUUUUAAUCACAAAAAUGUCCUUGCUAGCAUUUUUAGCUUGCUAACAAAAUGACGGUUGACUGUCAAAACACUUAUUUUUUUAUAGUUUUACUUGCAUCAAAUAACUCAAAAUGAAAGCGAGAAGUGCUAAAAGGACAUUUGAGGUUACUUUUACUAGGAAUGUUUCAUUUUUUAUUUAUUAUUUUAUUUUAUUAUUAUUUUUUACAGCGUAUGAAUGUCUAUGUUUAGCGUCCUUGUGGCCUGUUGCAUGUGUAUUUACUACUUGCUACCACUAGAGGGUGUUGUAUACUCAAUUGAGAGUUACAGACGUGUACAGACGUGUAGCCGGCUAAAUACACAGUCCUGAUUGGCAAAGGGAAGAAGCCGCCCAUUGUAUUCUGCGUUCUGAUUGGCUGUAGACCAUUGUCAAUCUUCUUGCAGGACCGCCUGUUUCCAGUUACAUGGAUGCUAGCCGCUAGCAAACAUUCACAGCCAAACGGCGCCAGGACAAGCCACGAUUUAGAGGUUCAAAUCUUGUAAGUUGAUCGUUACAUUCAAACAAUAUUUGAACUAUGAGAGUAUUUAAACAAGAGUGGGAAGUAAAAUGUUAAUGGCUAUCUGAGGAAAGAUUAUGGUGAGGCGUUUAAGAGCAUUAAGCAUAAUAUAGUUAUUGUACAAAAAUAUAAUUGGCUAUAUCGCGGAUUCCACAUAUUGUAGGCUAUUUUUGGGAGCAUACCCUGCGAUACAUGAGGGAACAAUGUACGUGGGUCAAUUAUAUCUUUAGUUUUGACUCUGUUUUCAAAUCCAAAGGCACUUUUUCUCAAAUUAAAAUCUGCUCAAACUUUUUUUUAAUACUUAAAAGUGAACGAUAUAUCAAAUUAAAGUUGUAAUUAAUCCCGGACUCGAUAUCACAUCGCGUGUUUGGGAACAUUUCCGUCAAAAAUCACGUCUUCAGUGAAGGUAACGCUAACCUUAAAUGUUAUUUUAGCACUUAUCGCUUUCAUUUAGAAUUGUUUUAUGCAUGUGAAACUAUAAAAAAAAAAUGUUUUGACAGUGAACCGCCAUUUUGUUAGCGAGCUAAAAAUGCUAGCAAGGACAUUUUUGUGAUUAAAAAAAAAGUAACCUCAAAUGUUCUUUUAGCACUUCUCGCUUUCAUUUUGAAUUGUUUUAUGCAUGUGAAACUAAAAAAAAAAGUGUUUUGACAGUCAACCACCAUUUUGUUAGCGAGCUAAAAAUGCUAGCAAGGACAUUUUUGUGAUAAAAAAAAAGUAACCUCAAAUGUUAUUUUAGCACUUCUCGCUUUCAUUUAGAAUUGUUUUAUGCAUGUAAAACUAUUAAAAGAAAGUGUUUUGACAGUCAACCGCCAUUUUGUUAGCAAGCUAAAAAUGCUAGCAAGGACAUUUUGUGAUUAAAAAAAAAAAGUAACCUCAAAUGUUCUUUUAGCACUUCUCGCUUUCAUUUAGAAUUGUUUUAUGCAUGUAAAACUAUAUCAAAAAAGUGUUUUGACAGUCAACCGCCAUUUUGUUAGCAAGCCAAAAAUGCUAGCAAGGACGUUUUUGUGAUUAAAAAAAAAAAAGUAACCUUAAAUGUUCUUUUAGCACUUCUCUCUUUCAUUUAGAAUUGUUUCAUACAUGUAAAACUAUUAAAAAAAAAAGUGUUUUGACAGUCAACCGCCAUUUUGUUAGCAAGCUAAAAAUGCUAGCAAGGACAUUUUUGUGAUUAAAAAAAUUUUUUGCAUUUAGAAUUGUGUUAUGCAUGUACAAUGAUAGUAAUUUUUUGUGUUUACAUUGUUGCAACGCUAUGAAUUGGAUUUAUUGGAAAAAUUAAUUCAGUUAAUCAGACGUUCUGGAACGGAUUAAUGACUCUAUACAAGCUUUCACUGUUCUUUUAAUAGUGUGGAGUGUUAGAAAAGGCUUGAUCGCGUGGUAUAAUUCAAACAGAGAACAAUAGCAACAGUAGGUAUUAAAACCCAACGUUAGUCACCACCGACAGCACAAUAAAUUAGCCUCGUUUUCUGUUCCAGCUAACGACGUAUUGCUAUCCCGUGGGAGUUUCUCGCGCUUUGCAAAGUGUUUAUUAGCACAUACUGUUGUUGUUUACAUGACUGCUUUGAUUUUUUAGACGCAGGCUGUGUUUUUGUUGCUAAAUAUCGAAACAAUAUCAGUAUCGAUGUGGAGAAUUUCCACUCCCCCCAUCUGCAUGCAAUCUGAAGUUUGUUGUGUUAAUUAAUCGAUUAAUCGCUUAGGCCCAACACGGACCAUAUUGGUAGGAACCAAACACAAACACUUAAUGGCUUGGUUCUCAAAGUUAAUGUGUGUGGAAAAUCUUCUUUUCCCUAAAACACAAAGAUAAUACAUCUGCUUUCACGGGUGACUAAGGAAGUAUUCACGUUUAAAUUCAACAAUUGAAUACCAAAAUAGUAAUUUUUGCAGUUCCAAAUGUGCUACUGUACCAUAAUUUAAUUAAACUGUUAUUCUAGCAAGGCUGCAUGGUGGUCUAGUGGUUAGCGCACAGACCUCACAGCUAGGAGAUAGCUAGGGUUCAAUUCCACCCUCGGCCAUCUCUGUGUGGAGUUUGCAUGUUCGUGGGUUUUCUCCGGGUUUCCUCCCACAUUCCAAAAACAUGCUAGGUUAAUUAGCGACUCCAAAUUGUCCAUAGGUAUGAAUGUGAGUGUGAAAGGUUGUUUGUCUAUAUGUGCCCUGUGAUUGGCUGGCCACCAGUCCAGGGUGUACCCCACCUCUCUCGCCUGAAGACAACUGGGAUAGGCUCCAGCAUACCCCCACAAUCCUAGUGAGGAUAAGCGGCAUAGAAACUUACAAGAAGAAAGUUGAAAUAGUUAACAGAACUGGAAAAUCAGCUGUAAUUUUGCAAGAAUAAAGUCAAAAUAUUGAGAGAAAAAAAUUGGCAAUUUGACGAGAAUAAACUUGUAAUAUUAUGAAAAAAAUAAAGUUCUUCAAAGUUGUAAAAUUAUGAAAUAGAUUUGUAAUUUUUUGAAAAUUAGGUUGGGGAAAAAGUUCUAAUAUUAUGUGAAUAAAAUCAUAAUAUUACUAAAAGAAAAUUUUGAAGAAAGUUUAAAUAUUUGGAAAAUUAAAAAAAAAUUAAAAUGUAGGAAUAAAAGCUAUUUAUUAAGUGUGGGUUUUCUCCGGGUACUCCGGUUUCCUCCCACAUUCCAAAAACAUGCUAGGUUAAUUAGCGACUCCAAAUUGUCCAUAGGUAUGAAUGUGAGUGUGAAUGGUUGUUUGUCUAUAUGUGCCCUGUGAUUGGCUGGCCACCAGUCCAGGGUGUACCUCGCCCGAAGACAGCUGGGAUAGGCUCCAGCACUCCCCGCGACCCUCGUGAGGAUAAGCGGUAGAAAAUGGAUGAAUGAAUGAGUUCUCCUAUUUUGUGUGGAAGUGGUAACUUUUUGACUUCUUAUUUUGUCUUUCCCCACCAUCGGCCAUCUCUGUGUGGCGUUUGCAUGUUUUCUCCGGGUACUCCGGUUUCCUCCCACAUUCCAAAAACAUGCUAGGUUAAUUAGUGACUCCAAAUUGUCCAUAGGUAUGCAUGUGAGUAUGAAUGGUUGUUUGUCUAUAUGUACCCCAAUAGGCAACUUCCUCUGCUUCAAACUUGACUUAAAUGAAAAGGUUUGUAAUGAAAUUACGGAUUAGGCCAUGUCGAGAAACCCUGAGCUGGAUUUUUCCUUUAAGCCAACAAAUGUUCUUUGUAGGUGAAGUCAUGUUUUUCAUUCAAAUGUAAAAAAAAAAAAAAAAAACGGAACACGGACAGCCUUUUGGAACGUUACUGUAAUUUUUUUGUCUGUCAUCAUUGUACCUUUUGUACAUAAACGCUAUAGCUGAAAACGAAAUGCAUGAAAAACCGGGAAACGAAGGCCUUGCUUUAGCUCCACAGGAUGUGGGUUCGGUGUAACGAAGUCACAUGUCGCUGUCGCCAAGUUCUCGAGGGGAUGCAUGUCGGGGUGCGACGCUUGACUCUUGUUUCCUGUUUUAGUGACUCUGUUACCUCCCAAGUCUGUAUACUACUACUUCAUGACUUAUCAUAAAAGAAUGUAUUAAUCGUGGCAGUAUCUCCUGGGUCGCCAAAAACGACAAUGCGGGGGGGGGGCGGGUGUCCCCCGUUUUUUUGUCGCCCUGUUACGCGCUUUCUCUUCCUUGCUGUGUAGCACCAAGCACCACCGCAUACAAGCGCGUUGUCUCUUCGGGCUCGUCUGGGAAGAGAUGGCGGUUUGGUACGUGGACUGUUUUUUUUUGUUUUUGUUUUUGUUUUUUUUUUUGUUUUUUUUUUCUUGUACUGUUGCCUAUCAUGUCAAGUGUUUUUAAAAAUUUUUAAUUUUUUUUUGCCUUCAUGGACCUGAAGCUUCUGUGUUCCUGUCAACUGCAUGACCUGAUGCACAUUGAGAAGAUUAGUGUCCCGUGUAAGCUAUCACUAUUUGCUGUAGCUAUGCUCAAGUGACUUUUUUUUUUUAGACAUUUUUUUGUUUUGUUUUUCUUGUACUGUUGCCUAUCAUGUCAAGUGUUUUUUUUUUAUUUUUUAAAAAUGUUUGUUCCUUAUGUUUUUGUGCAAUGUUUAGUCCUCUUGCUGUAGCUAUGCUCAAGUGACUUUUUUUUUAGACAUCAGAUAUGAUUGUUUGAUUUUUUUUUAAUUUUUUGUUUGGUUUGUUUUUCUUGUACUGUUGUCUAUCAUGUCAAGUGUUUUUUUGUUUUUGUUUUUUUUUUUUUGCCUUCAUGGACCUGAAGCUUCUGUGUUCCUGUCAACUGCAUGACCUGAUGCACAUUGAGAAGAUUAGUGUCCCGUGUAAGCUAUCACUCUUUGCUGUAGCUAUGCUCAAGUGACUUUUUUUUUUUAGACAUCAGAUAUGAUUUUUUUUUUUUUUUUUUUGGUUUUUCUUGUACUGUUGUCUAUCAUGUCAAGUGUUUUUUUUUAUUUAUUUUAUUUUAUUUUUUUUGCCUUCAUGGACCUGAAGCUUCUGUGUUCCUGUCAACCGCAUGACCUGAUGCACUUUGAGAAGAUUAGUGUCCCGUGUAAGCUAUCACUAUUUGCUGUAGCUAUGCUCAAGUGACUUUUUUUUUUUUUAGACAUCAGAUAUGAUUGUUUGAUUUUUUUUUAAUUUUUUGUUUGGUUUGUUUUUCUUGUACUGUUGCCUAUCAUGUCAAGUGUUUUUUUUUUAUUUAUUUUUUUUUUGCCUUCAUGGACCUGAAGCUUCUGUGUUCCUGUCAACUGCAUGACCUGAUGCACAUUGAGAAGAUUAGUGUCCCGUGUAAGCUAGCACUAUUUGCUGUAGCUAUGCUCAAGUGACUUUUUUUUUUUUUUUAAGACAUUAGAUAUGAUUUUUUUUUGGUUUGUUUUUCUUGUAUUGUUGCCUAUCAUGUCAAGUGGUUUUUUUUUUAAUUUUUUAAAUUUUUUUUAUUUUUUAAAUAUGUUUGUUCCUUAUAUGUUUUCGUGCAAUGUUUAGUCCUCUAGUUGCUUCGCACUUUAUUUGUGACUUCCCGGCUUUUGAACCGGGACUAAUUUGCCUGAUUUGAAUGCUGACUGUUUUACACCAGAUGUAUACUCCGGAAAUAUUUUCAUGUGAAAGAAAAGAUGAAAUCUCUAUUUUCCUUUUUUGUAAACUAUAUUUAAUUUUUUUUUUUGUUUUUUUUUUGUUUUUUUUGUCUGUGAAGAUUUUAGGGGAUGCAAAAUAUCGAAAGGGCUUACUUUGGUGCAGCUUGUACUCUUGUGUUGCAAAGGAACAUCAUUCCGAAUGUAAUUCUUGUUAGUCGUUUAAACUUCCCUCUGCAUGCGCAAAAAAGAAAUUUGAUUAUGUUGUACGAAAAAAAAUAGUACAGUCGUCCCUUUCCACUUUUUACGCUUUGAAUUCCGUGCUUCGACUCUAUCACAGUUUUAAAUAACUCUAAAAAUUAAUCUUUCAUGGGUGAAUAUGACGUUCAUUAAUCAAAACAUAUGCAUAUUGACGCAAAUGUUAUGUAUUUUUGCUUAAAUUAAGCAUUUUAAAAGCAUAAAAAUGGCUAAAUGAACUAAAAUAUAUAGCAUUCAGAAGAUGCAUUCAAAGACCUUGAUUAAAUGUAGUUUUUUUCAAUGGUCAGAGCUGUCGGUAAUGUUACUGUAAAGCUCGGUAAGACACACAAGAAUCAGACUUUUAUUGCACAGCAGGUACAAUAAAAAAAAAAAAACACGACCGUCACUCACAAAAAGCUGAAACUCAACUCUGAACCCGUGAUGUCAUUUCCUGUCCGCCUCUUUUUAGGAUUUGCUAGGCUAGGGAACACAUUUAUAGCAAGACACACAAAAACACGAGUCUUAAUGGCUUAUUUACUUUUAUUCUGUCGACUAUAUUGGGUAAUACAAGUGUAAAGGUGACUAUAGGGGUGUUAUUUUAUGUUUAGAGGGCUCUAAUAAUGAACGUAUUUAGAUUGUAUCCCUAUGAAAAAAAAUAAAAAUAAGGAAUCAUACAAAAACUCUGGAACCAGUUCACCGUGAUAAACAAAAGGAGUACUGUACUGCAAACCUGUCAACAUUUGUGUUUGAAAAUUACGGGAUAUUCGAUUCCCAACAAAUAGUCGGGAAAGAAAAAGGGCGGAAUACCGGAACUUUGACAGCUAUGCUGUAAACUAACGAUAAAUUUAGCGGAACCUUUCUGCUUUUACGAUGUCACGAGAGCACGCUUUAUAUGAGAAUAACUUUACAAGUGUAAAGGUGACUAUAGGGGUGUUAUUUUAUGUUUAGAGGGCUCUAAUAAACAUGAUGGUAUCCCUAUGAAAAAAUAAAAAUAAGGAAUCAUACAAAAAUUCACCUAUCACGAUCGGGUCUGGAACCAGUUCACCGUGAUAAACAAAAGGAGUACUGUACUGCAAACCUGUCAACAUUCGUGUUUGAAAAUUACGGGAUAUUCGAUUCCCAACCAAUAGUCGGGAAAGAAAAAGGGCGGAAUACCGGCGCUUUGACAGCUAUGCUGCAAACUAACGAUAAAUUUAGCGGAACAUUUCUGCUUCACGAGAGCACGAUUAACACUUUACAAGUGUAAAGGUGACUAUAGGGGUGUUAUUUUAUGUUUAGAGGGCUUUAAUAAUAAACUUAUUUAGAUGGUAUCCCUAUGAAAAAAAAUAAAAAUAAGCAAUCAUACGAAAAUUCACCUAUCACGAUCGGGUCUGGAACCAGUUCACCGUGAUAAACAAAAGGAGUACUGUACUGCAAACCUGUCAACAUUCGUGUUUGAAAAUUACGGGAUAUUCGAUUCCCAACCAAUAGUCGGGAAAGAAAAAGGGCGGAAUACCGGCGCUUUGACAGCUAUGCUGCAAACUAACGAUAAAUUUAGCGGAACAUUUCUGCUUCACGAGAGCACGAUUAACACUUUACAAGUGUAAAGGUGACUAUAGGGGUGUUAUUUUAUGUUUAGAGGGCUCUAAUAAUAAACUUAUUUAGAUGGUAUCCCUAUGAAAAAAAAUAAAAAUAAGCAAUCAUACGAAAAUUCACCUAUCACGAUCGGGUCUGGAACCAGUUCACCGUGAUAAAUAAUCAAAAGCACGCUUUAUAUGAGAAUAACUUUGCUACACAAGAUGCUUUCUGCGGUUGGAUUUGUUCGAAACGGUUUUAUUGUGUCUUAGACAUAGAAGGAAAUGACGAUUAAAUAACGUGCAACACACACAAGUUAGGCAGCUAAUACAACUUUAACCAACAUAAGUAGUAUGGAAAACAUAGUUCAGUCUGGUAACUUGUUAUAUUAUUUUACUUUCCAGGGGGAGAAAGCUUUAUUCUGGCCAUGUAUGAAUUUUUGCAAUAUUUUGAUGCUUGUGGUGAAAAUGUGAUGAUCGCAAAUGCAAACUAAACUAUUUAGCACAGGGGUGUCCAAAGGAUGCAGGGAAACCACAGUCCGAUGUAGGCUACCAAACGUCCUAUUUUUUUUUUUUUGUGUUAUUGGUGACAAAGCAAAUCAGUGUAAUAUCUAAUAACAUAUCUCAUGAAUAAUUAAUUUCAGUUUUUGUUAAGUAAACAAAACAAAAAAAAAACAGUCUGUGUGCUGAAAAUGGCCACUGGGCCACACAUUGGACACCCCAGAUUUAGCACAACAUGCAGUCAUUUUGCUUGAAAAGUUCAUAUAAGGAGGGGUGUCCAAACUUUUGGGCCGUUUAUGGUAAAAUCUAAGAAUACGGGGGGGUCACUUUUUAGAUUUAGCCAACCCAUGGAGAUGCAGCCUGCUAACUAGAUAUACAUAUUAAAAAAAAAAACUUUAUUAGAAUAAUAUUUUGACUUUAUACUUGAUUUUAUUCAUAAUAUUGCAAAAAAAUAGCAGAAAUUAUAGUGAAAAUUAAAUUUUCUCAUCCAUGAUAUGCUCAUAAAACAGCCCACAUCUCAGCUGAAUUUAUUAAAAUAAUAUUUUGACUUUAUACUUGUAAUAUCACACCUUUUUCCCCAACCUAAUUUUCCAAAAAUUACAACAUUAUUCUUGAUUUUAUUCAUAAUAUUGCAGAAAUUAUAGUGAAAAUUUAAUUUUCUCAUAGCAUCAUAUGCUCAUAAAACAGCCCGCAUCUCAGCUGAAUUUAUUCAAAUAAUAUUUUGACUUUAUACUUGUAAUAUCACACCUUUUUCCCCCAACCUAAUUUUCCAAAAAUUACAACUUUAUUCUCAAUUUUAUUCAUAAUAUUGCAAAAAAAAUUGCAGAAAUUAUAGUGAAAAUUAAAUUUUCUCAUAGCAUGAUAUGCUCAAUAAACAGCCCGCAUCUCAGCUGAAUUUAUUCAAAUAAUAUUUUGACUUUAUACUGGUAAUAUCACACCUUUUUCCCCCAACCUAAUUUUCCAAAAAUUACAACUUUAUUCUCAAUUUUAUUCAUAAUAUUGCAAAAAAAAUUGCAGAAAUUAUAGUGAAAAUUAAAUUUUCUCAUAGCAUGAUAUGCUCAAUAAACAGCCCGCAUCUCAGCUGAAUUUAUUCAAAUAAUAUUUUGACUUUAUACUGGUAAUAUCACACCUUUUUCCCCAACCUAAUUUUCCAAAAAUUACAACAUUAUUCUUGAUUUUAUUAAUAAAAUUGCAAAAACUAUUGCACAAAUUGCAUAAAUAAAAAAUAAAUAAAUAUUAUUCUAAUCAAAAUCAAAAACUGCAAUUCAAUUUUUUUUUCAUAGUAUGAUAUUAUACUCAAAAUAUUUUGUCAAAAUUACAAUUUAUUUAUAUGAAUAUUAUGACUUUAAAUUACUGCUCUUAUUUCCCCAUUUUUCUUGUUUAAAUGUGUCAAGAGCUGAUUUUAAAAAAAUAAAAAAACUGGCCACAAAUGGCCCCCGGACCAAACUUUGGACACCCCCUGAUAUAGUGAAACCGGUCUCAGACUGAAGAAAACAGCCGAGUGUGUUCUCCGAGUGUGUUAAUUAGUGAAAAUUAAAUAGUUUCUCAUAGCAUGAUAUGCUCAUAAAACAGCCCGCAUCUCAGCUGAAUUUAUUCAAAUAAUAUUUUGACUUUAUACUUGUAAUAUCACACCUUUUUCCCCAACCUAAUUUUCCAAAAAUUACAACUUUAUUCUCAAUUUUAUUCAUAAUAUUGCAAAAAAAUGGCAGAAAUUAUAGUGAAAAUAAAAUUUCUCAUAGCAUAUGUUCAUAAAACAGCCCGCAUCUCAGCUGAAUUUAUUCAAAUAAUAUUUUGACUUUAUAUUUGUAAUAUCACACCUUUUUCCCCAAACCUAAUUUUCCAAAAAUUACAUUAUUCUUGAUUUUAUUAAUAAUAUUGCAAAGACUAUUGCACAAAAAUAUUAUUUGAAUAAAUUCAAAUCAAAAACUGCAAUUCAUUUUUUUUCUCAUAGUAUGAUAUUAUACUCAGAAAAUAUUUUGUCAAAAUUAUAAUUUAUUUAUAUGAAUAUUAUGACUUUAAAUUACUGCUCUUAUUUCCCCAUUUUUCUUGUUUAAAUGUGUCAAGAGCUGAUUAAAAAAAAAAAAAAAUGGCCACAAACGGCCCCCGGACCAAACUUUGGACACCCCCUGAUAUAGUGAAACUGGUCUCAGACUGAAGAAAACAGCCGAGUGUGAUCUCAAGAUGUAUUGUUUCAGGUCUGAAUUCAAAGCUCCCUUUAAUUACACACGUUUUUUUUUUUUAUCAAGAACUGUACAGUUCAUUGAAAAGUGGACGAGGCGUCAGAAAACACAACGUUUAAGUUCCUCUUCAAGCUUAUAGUGAGAAUAGCAUUUUAUCACUGUUGUCCUGUAAGUCGUAGUGAAAGAUCUGUAGGUAUUUAUUUGAUGCCAUGUGAUUCUCCUAAUGUGACCGUUUAUAAAACUGAAAGAAAAAUGUCAAUUAAAUCUGAAUGUGGAUGACA